GAGCCUCAGCGUGUGCGGGGAGGACGCACAGCUGGUCCCACGCUUCAGGACCGAGGUCUCUGUGAGCGGUUCUAGAGCUGCAGCUCUUCUUGCAGAGGGAGGACUGAGCAAGCAGCAGACACCAUGGAGUCCCCAUCAGGGCGCAUCCCCUGGCAGAGCCUCCUGCUGGCCGUCUCACUCUUGACCUUCUGGAGCCCACCCACUGCGGCCCAACUCACUGUGGUUUUGACCAGUGCUGCUGAAGGGACGGAUGCUCUUCUUCUUGUCCAUGGUCAGCCAGAGUUUCUUGCAGGCUAUGUCUGGUUCAAAGGAGAGAGUGUGGACAGCAGCCGUCAAAUUGCGUCAUAUGUAAUAGAUGCUCAAGAAAUGCACCCAGGGCCUGUGUACAGCAGCCGGGAGACCAUUUACCCCAAUGGAUCCCUGCUCUUCCAGAAUGUCACCCUGGGGGACACAGGGUACUACACCCUAGUAGCCAUAAAAAGAAAUUUUCAAGGUGACAGAGCAACUGGACGGCUCCACGUGUACUAGCCCGCGGGGAGGCCCUCCACCCGAGCCGGAACACCACCGUGAUGUGUGUAGGGACACCAUGGUCCUGUCCUGUCUCACACGUGACACUGGGAUUUUCAUCUGGUGGAUCUUCGGUGACCAGAGGCCGUGGCUCGCGGAGAGGAUGGAGCCAUCUGGGGCACCGGCACCCUCACCACAAACCCCGCCGGGAGCGGGGACGCUGGGGUUCUGUCCAUGUGAGGUCUCUGACACCGUCAGCUCAAGCAAAAGUGACUCCGUGGGCUGGAUGUGAAAUCUGAGUGACCCUCGUCCCCUCCUCUCUGUUAUUAAACUACGAGUAGAUUUUUUCUUAUCUGAAAA